UUUAAAGUUUGAAAUAUUAUUAGAGGCUGUAGAUAUUUUAGAUAUUUUUUCCUUUGUUAUAGCAGAGAAAAAGAUUUUGCACAAGCCAAGAUUCUAAAAACAAGAAAAAAGAGAGUGUAUUUUCAGAGAUUAUUAUGGGAGAAGCUGUGAUCAGUAGUGAGGAUUUAGAAAUGAUGAUGACUGAAAGUGAAACAGAAAGAAAUGAAGAAAUGGAGGAAUCAGUGAAGAAGAAGAAGAGAAGGGGAAAUAGGGCGGUGGUGACAUGGGAGAAGCUUUUGCCAAGAAUGGCGUUAAGGGUAUUGCUGGUUGAAGCUGAUGAUUCUACUCGACAAAUUAUUGCUGCUUUGCUCAGGAAAUGUAGCUACAAAGUUGUGGCUGUUCCUGAUGGCUUAAAGGCAUGGGAGAUGCUGAAACGAAGACCCUGCGAUAUAGAUCUCAUUUUGACAGAAGUCGAUUUACCUUUAAUAUCUGGAUAUGCCCUUCUUACUCUUAUUAUGGAGCAUGAUGUUUGCAAAAACAUACCAGUUAUAAUGAUGUCUUCACAAGAUUCAAUUAGUACAGUUUAUAAAUGCAUGUUGCAAGGUGCUGCUGACUAUCUGGUUAAGCCCAUAAGAAGAAAUGAAUUGAGAAAUUUGUGGCAGCAUGUAUGGAGAAGACAAUCUUCCCUUGCUAGAGGAAAUGUUUCCCGAGAGGAAAGUGUUGGACAGGAUAAGGCUGAAGCUACUUCUCAGAAUAAUGCUGCUAGUAAUCGUGCAAGUGGUGACAGGGCUUGUAUUCAAAACAAUAAAGAGUUCACUGAGAAAGGGGGUGGUUCUCAGAGUUCUUGCACAAAGCCAGAUAUGGAAGCCGAGAGUGCCUCUGUGGAAAAUGUGCGAGAGUUGUUGCAGCCAGAAUGGGGAAGUUUGGUUAAUAUGCCAAUUGGAUUAGGUUCAGCAUCGGCUGCCUGCACAGAUCCUAAUCAGAUGGCUGUGGAUGAGGACACUAAAGCAGAUAGUCAAAGAAAGAAUGCGGAGAUCACCCGUGAGAGCUUUGAAGGAAGUCAUUUCUUAGUCAAGUCUUCUAGAGAAGCUAUUGAUUUCAUGGGAACUUCUGCUAGUCGUAGCUCUUCUGUUGACAAUACCAAAAGAAAGUUUGAUAUUUUUCCACAACUGGAUCUCUGCUUGUCAAGAUGCCACAGUAGUGGAUUUGAGAUUCAAGGUGCGGAAGAUGGACGCACUCUCAGGCAUUCCAAUGCUUCAGCAUUUACUCGGUAUAAUAACCGUCCAUUAGAGAAUGUGCAUACAAGUUGGGCAAGUAUUCCUAAUCAGAAGGAACUUGGAGCUUAUUCUGAAAGAAAAUUUUCCAGCAAUGUUACUGGCUAUAACUCUGAUGCACCUGGUCCACCAUCAAGUCCUGAAAGACCAACAGUCUCUCCAGCUAUUUGUCAAAGAAAAGAGUCUGAAGUUGCAAUUUCUUUCCCUGAACAAAGACUACUGUCCCUCCAGAUUCCAGAUGAUGGUGUAGGAUUCAAUAAUGUAUGCACCAGCUAUGGUUCUAUUUUGCCUCCAAUUGUUUCUAAACAGUCCGGUGUGUCAACAAUACCCAGCCCAAGUUCAGGCAGCCAUCCAGAGCCCGACUGUGAAAUGGAUCCAUUUCGGGCAUCUAAUUUCAAAAGUAAUUCUGAUCAUCUCUAUGGUCGAUUAGUACAACGAGAAAAUGAAGCCUCCAAUCUGCAAAAGCAUGACAAUAUGUUGAAUUCUUUUGAUGAUCAAGGACAUAUUUCUCCUACUGCUGAUCAGAGUGCAACUAGCAGCUUCUAUAACAGCGCUGGAAGCUAUCUUAACAUUGGUUAUGGAAGCGCCUCUGGUAGCAAUAGCAACGCUGAUCAGGUUGCUAAAGUCAGAACUGCUGUUGAGAGAAUAAAUGAUGGCUUUCUUUUGCAUAAUGCCAAUUCGCAUCGAUCCAUCCAAAGAGAAGCGGCUCUAAAUAAGUUUCGCUUGAAGCGGAAAGAUAGGUGCUACGAAAAGAAGGUACGAUAUGAGAGUAGGAAAAAGCUUGCAGAGCAGCGACCAAGAGUGAAAGGACAAUUUGUUCGUCAAUGGCAGCCGCCAUCUGCAGAAACUGAGCAGUAGCCAUUCAUAAAGCUGACUAGGUAGAUUCAUAUAUUAGAUCUCGAGACUGCGGAUUGAUUGUUUCUUCCUCGUGCUAUAAAAAAGAGAGUAGAAUACAAUGCGGGUUUAAUCAUAUUCUUUGUUGAGUAGGUUUGCAGUGUUUCUAUAGAUUAUAGGCCUUCUUUUGUACAGUUUAGCAUUUAAUUUAUUUCAUUCACAAAUCUCAAAUGCUUGAACUUGGAGAAAACUAGUUACCUUAAUACUUUAUUAUAGAUGAACACAUGUUGAUUAGUCUGUAUACAAGUUGAGUGAAGAAAAGAUUUGUACCCUAUAUUUAUAUUUCUUACUAUGAUUUCUGCUUA